AUGAUCGGCAGCGUACGGAAGAAGAGGGGAUUCAAUAAGCUGGUGGUGGUCAUGAUGUUCUUUGUGUGCGCCAUCAUCAUCGUGGCGCUGCUUGUCCGCGACAACUGCUGCGUCGUCGUCCAAGUGGCAGUACUGCCACGGAUAAUUCCAGUUGGAUCCUCUUGGGAUGCCUCUCCUACUGCUGCUACAACUCCAAGUGGCAAAAUCAUCAUCCCUACAACGUCUACGAGAGGAGCAUCAUCACCAGCUCGUGAUCUUCAGGAGGACUCAGAGGCUGUACCAGCCUCGGAGGAAGAGGAGCCCCCUGCAGCUGCCCCGUACUCGGCAGACAGCAGGUGGAACAUCCAGUGGGAGAGCGUCGCCAGUAUCCUUUCACCAUUCAGCAGUAAUGGCACUGGGCGCGGCAUCGCCAGGGUGGACCUGCUCAACUUCAACUCGUCGGAGGUUGCUCGCUGGAAGAGCACGUUGCCUGCCGCCGACGUUCGGGCGGUGCGCCUGGCGCCCGCCGCGGAUGCUGUCACCUGGGAAGCCCUGUACCCGAACUGGAUCGACGAGGAGAGCAACAGAAGCAGCUGCCCCUCCCUCCCCGACCCGGAUGCCGCCCCUCAUCAUCACAAUUAUGACCUCGUCGCCGUCAAGCUUCCCUGCCGCGGACAAGCUUGGUCCAGGGACGUGCGCAGGCUCCACCUCCAGCUCUCCGCCGCCAAGCUCACCCUCCAUGGCAGCAGCAGUAAGGCUGGCAUGGUGUUGAUCCUGAGCGAGUCGGGGUGUCUCCCCCUGCCCAACCUCUUCCCCUGCAAGCACCUCCUCGCGCGCCGUGGCCACGCCUUUCUCUACCACCCCGAGGCCACCUACCUCCGCCACCGCCUCAACCUGCCCGUCGGGUCCUGCCAGCUCGCCGUUCCUUUUCUCCGGCCUUCACCUACACCACCAAGUGCAACGCCAGGACCAGGUACAAGCAGGAUCAGCAGGCAGGCCUACGCCACCGUGCUGCACUCCGCCGACGCCUACGUCUACGCCGCCUGUCCAGGUGCUAUUGGAACAUGCUCAUAUGAUUGCAUCCUAUCUCUCCCUAUCCUCACCGUUGCUAUUAAGAUCUCCUCCGGCGCCGUCCUCCUCUGCGAUGCCCUCUCCACCGGGGCGAGGUCCAUAGGAUCCAGUGGCAACAAGAUAGCUCCUGAUGUAUUCUUGUUCGAUCCUGCUGGACAAGAAGGUCUGAGUGACGACAACUCAGGCGACGGAAUUGGUCUACCAUCGUGGAAGUUUAGGAUCGACGCCGACUUGCUUGACGAUUUAAUCACCAGGACUACUUUCCACUUUUCAGGCAGUGAAGCAAUGUUUGUUGACCUUGGUCAUUUUACAAGUGCAUCCAUCAGAUAUAGUAUGGCUGCCAAAACGGCUGUAGCUGUCCAAGUGCUCAAGGAUGACACUGUUAAACGCACACCCAUGGCACGACCUAGCAACGGUCGUGAAGGAAAGCCCAUUAGGUUGCUGUCCAACCACUUUGCUGUGAAGCUUAGAGGAGUUGAUGCUGUUUUCUACCAAUACAAUGUCUGCAUCAAAUCUGAGGAUGAUAAGGUGGUUGAUGGCAAGGGUAUUGGCCGAAAGGUCAUAGAUAAACUAUUGCAAACAUACUGUUCUGAGCUUGAUGGGAAGGAUUUUGCAUAUGAUGGAGAGAAAUGUCUAUUUACUGUGGGACCUCUUCCACAGAAUAACUUUGAGUUCACUGUUAUCUUGGAGGAAACAUCUUCAAGGGCUGUUGGUGGAAGUCCGGUGCAUGGAAGCCCUACUCAAGCUGACAAAAAGCGGGUCAAGCGAUCACAUCUGGCAAAAAAGUUCAGUGUAGGCAUAAGUUAUGCCGCAAAGAUUCCUCUAAAGUCGGUUGCUUUGGCUCUUCGAGGAAGCGAGUCAGAACAUGCUCAAGAUGCUCUGAGAGUCCUUGACAUUGUUUUAAGAGGUUGUCUACUUGUUAGGCAGUCAUUUUUCAGUGAUGAUAGUCGAAACCUUGUUGAUUUAACUGGUGGAGUUAGUGGCUGUCGUGGACUCCAUUCUAGUUUCCGUACUACAAUUGGUGGUCUUUCACUAAACAUGGAUGUUUCAACCACUAUGGUUGUAACUCCUGGUCCAGUUAUUGAUUUUCUCCUCACAAAUCAAAAUGUGAGAGACAUCAGAGAUAUUGACUGGCCCAGGGCCAAGAAAAUGCUUAAAAACCUCAGAGUUAAAGCUAAGCACAACAACAUGGAGUUCAAGAUUAUUGGCCUUAGUGAUCAACCAUGCUCUAGACAGAUGUUUCCAAUGAAAGUUCGAAAUGGAAGCAUUGAAAUUCAAACUGUGGAUAUCACUGUUCAGGAUUAUUUUAAGUCCAAGCAAGUUGAACUAACGAUGCCUUAUCUGCCAUGUCUUGAUUUAUGCCACAUGGUAUCACUUCAACGUUAUACAAAGGCACUGUCUUCUCAACAAAGGGCAAUGUUGGUUGAAAAGUCACGACAGAAACCUCAAGAAAGAAUGCGAGUUGUUACAGAUGCUGUAAAAAGUAAUAUGUAUGAUGAUGAUCCAAUCUUAUCUUCCUGUGGUAUUGAAAUUGAGAAACAAUUUACUCGUGUUGACGCUCGUGUUCUCUCUGCACCAACGCUAGUUGUGGGGAACAGUGAAGACUGCAUCCCGAACAGGGGUAGGUGGAACUACAAUAAUAAGAGGCUAUUGGAUCCUGUCAAGAUUGAGCACUGGGCCAUUGUUAAUUUCUCUGCUCGUUGUGACAUGAGCCGAAUCUCAAGAGAGUUGAUAAACUGUGGACGCAGCAAAGGCAUUUUCAUUGAACGUCCUCACACCUUGGUGGAUGAGGACAGCCAGUCUAGGAGAUGUUCACCUAUGGAAAGGGUUGAAAAGAUGUUUGAAAAAGUCAAAACAAGCCUUCCCGGUCCUCCAGAGUUUCUCCUUUGUGUUUUACCAGAGAGGAAGAAUUGUGAUAUUUACGGGCCAUGGAAGAAGAAAAAUCUUCAUGAAAUGGGUAUUGUCACUCAAUGCAUUGCUCCCAGUAAUAAGAUGAAUGAUCAAUAUUUCACCAAUGUUCUUCUGAAAAUUAAUGCUAAGCUUGGUGGAAUGAACUCUAAACUGGCAUUGGAACAUCGUCAAAUGAUACCAGUUGUGACUCAAAUACCAACAUUAAUUCUUGGCAUGGAUGUUUCACAUGGUUCUCCAGGUCGAGCAGAUAUACCAUCAAUUGCUGCGGUUGUGGGAUCUAGAUGCUGGCCAUUGAUAACACGGUAUAGAGCAUCAGUGCGGACCCAGUCUCCAAAGGUAGAGAUGAUUGAUUCUCUAUUUAAGCCACUGGAUGAUGGGAAGGAUGAUGGCAUAAUUAGGGAACUUCUACUAGACUUCUACCAAACCAGUCAACAAAGAAAGCCUAAGCAGAUAAUCAUCUUCAGGGAUGGUGUUAGCGAGUCUCAGUUUUGCCAAGUACUGAACGUUGAGCUUAAUCAAAUCAUAAAGGCAUAUCAGAGUAUGGGACAGGGGGACCUUCCGAAGUUCACAGUGAUCAUUGCCCAAAAGAAUCACCACACAAAACUCUUCCAAGCUGAUUCACCAGAGAACGUUCCACCUGGGACUGUUGUAGACUCCGGCAUUGUUCAUCCAAGACAGUAUGAUUUCUACAUGUGCGCUCAUGCUGGACCAAUUGGUACUUCAAGGCCAACCCAUUACCAUGUGUUGCUUGAUGAGAUUGGCUUCUCCGCGGAUAAUCUCCAGAAGCUAGUUCUUUCACUUUCAUAUGUGUAA